AUGUCGGGACGAAUUCCGGAUAUCCGGGAAAGUCUCACCCUGGGGUACGCCCGAAAGUGCAAACAGGCUCGGAACCCGCGCGCUCCGGGUGACAGAGCCGACCAAUCGCAGACUGCAACUAUGUCAGAGGGCCCCGGAGCGCACGACACUCAACAAGGCGAUGGGGAUGCCGACCGGCCGGAAAUAAGUGCCCCCGGAUAUCAUCGCGGUGAAAAUUUGGAGGAGUCCACGGAACUCGACCUUAGUGUAGGGCAAAUCAGAGUAUAUCUUUUUCUUCUACAACCAGACAACAUUGAGACUCUCAUCCGUGCUGAAUUCAAGCCAAUUGCAUAGUCCAGCUAGUUGCACAGUUGAAACGAAACAUUUUGUUAUCGUAGCGUAGAAGUCCCCACGUUAUCAGAUUUGAAUCUACCAUUAGUUUGAUAUUCUAUUGAUACACUUAGAAUCACAACCAAGCCAGAUAUUGCAGAAAUCACUGAAAUUUUUGAUUAUUCAUAUAAAAUCUGUCAACUUUCAUCAUCUUCAUUGAAGUAUUCACAAUCUCACAGUAUUUAAGAUCAAUUUCUUCAUUAUCAUUCAUCAUGUUGUCUAGAUCCAUCAAGUCGUCUUUGAAACGUGCUCCAGUUUCCAGAGCUGUUGCACUUUCUGCCACCAAGCUCUCUCUCAGAAUGUCUUCUGGUCCCGUUUCCAGAUCGAUCCACACUGCUACUACCUCUGGUGCUGGUUUCUCCAGAAUUUCUGGUUUGACCUUCAAGCGUUAUGCUUCUGUCACCGUGAAAGUUCCAGACAUGGCCGAGUCCAUUACCGAAGGUACACUUUCCGCUCUCAACAAGAACGUCGGAGAUUACGUCAAUGUAGAUGAGACCAUCGCCACUGUCGAAACAGACAAGAUUGACGUCGAAGUCAACUCGCCUGUUGCUGGUACCAUCACCGAGUUUCUCGUUGCUGUUGAUGACACUGUAGAAGUGGGUCAGGAUCUCGCUAAGAUCGAAGAAGGCGAAGCUCCAGCUGGCGGAGCAGCCCCAUCUGAAGCUCCAAAAGAGGAAGCUGCACCUGCUGCUGCCCCUGCUGCAGCUCCAGCCGCAGCUCCAGCCGCUGCUCCAAAGGCUGCCCCAGCUGCUCCAAAGGCACCAGCUCCAGCUAAAAAGGAAGAACCAAAGAAGGAAGCUCCAGUCGCCAGCUUCACCAACUUCUCCAGAAACGAGGAAAGAGUGAAAAUGAACAGAAUGAGAUUAAGAAUCGCAGAACGUCUUAAGGAAUCGCAGAAUACCGCUGCCUCCUUGACCACUUUCAACGAAGUUGACAUGACCAACUUGAUGGAAAUGAGAAAGUUGUACAAAGACGAGUUCUUGGAAAAGACCGGCAUCAAGUUGGGUUUCAUGGGUGCUUUCGCUAAGGCCUCAUGUUUGGCUGCUAAGGAUAUUCCAGCUGUAAACGCUUCCAUCGAAAACAACGACACCUUAGUGUUCAGAGACUACACCGACAUCUCCGUUGCUGUUGCUACUCCUAAAGGUUUGGUUACUCCUGUAGUUAGAAACGCCGAAUCCUUGUCUAUUUUGGGCAUCGAACAAGAAAUCGCUUCUUUGGGUAAGAAGGCCAGAGACGGUAAGUUAACUUUGGAAGACAUGACCGGUGGAACUUUCACCAUCUCCAACGGUGGUGUUUUCGGUUCCUUGUAUGGUACUCCUAUCAUUAACAUGCCUCAGACUGCUGUCUUAGGUUUGCACGGUACCAAGCAAAGACCUGUUACCGUCAACGGUCAGAUCGUGUCAAGACCAAUGAUGUACUUGGCCUUGACCUACGAUCACAGAGUAUUGGACGGCCGUGAAGCUGUGACAUUCUUGAAGACCGUCAAGGAGUUGAUCGAAGACCCCAGAAAGAUGUUGUUGUUAGAGUAGUCUGUUAGUUUCUACUAUUAUAUUAUUGUUAUAUUUGUUGAGUUUAUAUCGGAACCGUCAGGUUCUCCAGUUAGUUGCAUUGACCGAAAAGAAUACACAUAAGACAUGAGUUGUCUCCAU